GGGAACGAACCCGGGGACCAAACCGAGAGCAUGACGCUGCGAGCAAGGAGAGCAACACAGGCUCCGGCACCGGUAAAUAAAUGCAAAACCAGUGAGCAGUGCUGGGAGGCAGACUGGUUUGGCGACCGGCUGACACUGUGCAGCGAUGCGUGCACAACUUUGUCAUGAAAUAUUUCAAACUGGGGACAAUGGGUCGUAAAAAUGCUGGAUUCUCGCAGAUGGAAAUGUGCGCUUUGCUUUGCUUGAGUCGUUGGCCGCUGCUGCUAGUUUGGCUUUAGUCCAUAGAGAUGAUCUGCAAUCUCACACCAAUGCAACUCUUUCUAAUCGAGCACGGAUCACCUUGAAAAUGCACCGGCACAAACCUGAAAACGGGGCUUUAUGAAAAGUUGACUUUUCAGAGAUACGUGGUUCUUACUGGACAUAAACCCAUAAACCCAUAAACAUCUUAAUGUUAGAGCAGUGCAAUGCAACAGACACUUUAAUGCUGCAGUAGUAUAUUAACCCCCCCAAAAAACAUCAUGUGUGAUAGUAAAACAAUGCCGCAGAACAUUUGAAUGCACAUUGGAUAGUAGCGCACCAGGAGCUGCAGCAGGGAUGAGGAUCCAGCUGCAGGGUCCCGGCCACGCUGCCAGCCUUCUCGCUCAGCUCAACAGCUGCCGCCAGUCGCGCCAGUACUGCGAUGUGCUCCUGCAGGUUGGCAACCGAACGUUCGCGGCGCACCGCGCGGUGCUGGCCUGCGCCGGGACCUACUUCCGUAACCUGUUCGCCCGGGCUCCAUCCUCCUCCACAGCUGCCUUCUCUUUGGAGUUCAUCUCACCGGCCAACUUUGAGAAGCUGCUGACGUUCGUCUACACGGGGGAGAUCCUGACUGAUCUCAUAGAUGUCGGGGUGCUGUAUGAGCUGGCCGAGAGGCUAGGCGUCAGUGAACUGGUGAGGGCCUGUCACGCCACCUUCCCUGACCUGCAAGCGUCUGUGUCUGCAAACUGUAAACCAGGUAGUCCUGGAGACCUCAGCCUGAACUCUAGCAUGGUUGCUGCUGCUGCUGCGACAACAGUGGCGUCCGUUUGUGCAGCUUCUGCGUCGUCCGUGUGCUCCUCUGCCGCCUCCUGCUCGUCUCUGUCUUCGUCCGCCGCCCCGACCCCUGCUGCUGCUCCCUCACCCCUCUUCCAAACCAGGGUGGCCGGGGCCAGCCAUGAAGCUCACACCGGGGCUCUGUCUCUCGGCCUAAAGGAAGAAGACAUGCGGUCUCAUAUCGGCUACGGGCAGUCGGCGGCGGAUCAGCAACAACCAGGAGGACACAGUCUUUUAACCAGCAGCCAUUCCAUUCAAUGUGAUGAUGUUCUGCCUCCGGGGCCCGUUCUCCAGCUGAAGAUUGAGCCCGGGCUGGAGGAAGAGGAGGGUAGCUGUGUGGACAGAGACACAGAUGGACGAAUGGUUUCCCAGUGCACGGGAAGUUCUCUGCCUCAGAGCAGCGUCGUUGCACCGUCUGACUCCUGCUCCUUCCCAGACUCCUCGGCUCAGCCCGAGGCCUGCGCCCCGACGUCCUCCUCAGUCGAACCUCUAGGCAUCCUGCAGGUGGUGUCAGUGGAAGGCGGCAUGGUGGACGUCCAGAGGGACGGCAGGCUGGUGUUUGGAAAGGUGGAGGAGGGAGAGAAUGAGGAGGAGGAGGAGGAGAGGGAGGCUCUGAAAGGAAACGGAUCCAUGGAGGGAACAGAGGAGGAGGAGCAGUGGAGACAGCUGGCAGGGGAGAUCAUCGAGCUGAGCGACGACGAGAACUUCAUGGAGGAGGGAGACGAGGAGGACGAUGAAGACGAGCUUGUGUACGUGGAGAACGGAGACGGAGGGAACUCAAGCAGCCAGGUGACGGGGAACAUGCUGCCGUGUAAAGCCUGCGCGGUGCUCCUCCCAGCAGACCCGGAUGCCAUCAGAAGACACGCUGAGAGCCACCUGACGGAGCUGGGGCUCUGCAGAGUGUGUGCCGCCUCGUUCCCGGACCGCGACUCCGGUGUCGCCCACUCCCUCUCCCACGUCGGGCUGCAGCUCUUCACCUGCGACAUGUGUCACUUGCAGUUCUGCAGCCAAAACAAACUGUUGCGUCACCAUCGCCAGGCAGCCUCCGGUUACACGAUACCACAGGUGGCGCUGACCAGCAGCAGCCAGAGCCUCGACCCCGAGCUGCAGUGUGCCGUGUGCACCAAGACCCUCAGCAAGGACUUCCAGACGGUCAAAGACCACCUGCUGAGCCACGUGUGUCCGCAGAGCCUGAGCUGCGGCGUGUGUCACCUCCCCCAGCUCUCCUUGUGCUCCCUGCUGUGGCACGCCCUCGCCCACCUCUCUCUGCCCGUCUUCACCUGCCCACACUGCGCCUGCUGCUUCGUAGAGCGCUCCAUGCUGGACCGACACAUGACCGCGCACGCCGAGGAGGCGGCAGCUAAGGAGCGGGAGCAGUUGGCGCUGAGGGCUUACAGGGUCGGGGGCGGCGGCGUGGCAGGACUGGAGGAGCUGCAUUGCUUCCUGUGCCCGCAGACUUUCCGCUCCGCCUCUGCCUUUCAGUACCACCUCAGCCUGCACACCACCGAGUCCCUGGGGGGCGUCGGAGGCGUCAGGGCCCAAGGCUGGCUGGGUAAACGUAAAGCUGACCAGUCUCUGGAGUGCCUUCCGUCUUCCUCCUCCUCUCAACGGGAGGUCGGCGGCCUCGUUAAAAUGAGCAACAUGGGGCUGGGGCUGGGAAUGAGCUUCAGCAUGCCAGAUAAGUAUUUCCAAGGGGCGUUACACAGCCUGCCCGCUGGGGUCCUGACCAACGGGAGCUCAGGGCAGGACGGGGGAGCCGGGGCAGCAGGCGUCCGUGGGAAAUGGUACCGGUGUCGCUACUGCGGCAAAUGCUUCGCCCACUCGGGGGAGUUCACCUACCACCUCCGCAUCCACACCGGGGAGAAACCCUACCAGUGCAAAGUGUGCCUGCGCUUCUUCAGAGGCCGCUCCACCAUGAUCUGCCACCUGAAGACGCACGCCGGCGCUCUCAUGUACCGCUGCACGGUCUGCGGCCUCUUCUUCUCCACGCUGAAGAUGGUGUCGUCGCACAUGGAGCUCCACACGGACCACCUGCCCCCGGACUUCAACAUCGAGCAGACCUUCAUGUACAAUGAUCACUCUAAAGAACCGCUGCCCAAUGUGGACGCCUGAUGUGUCGGACAGUUUCCCUUCCUCGUUCCUCUUACCUCUCUCCGACACUUCCUCUGUGUCUGGUUGUCGUGGACCACAUACUGCAUAUAAUAGAAUAGGGCUGAAACUAAUGGUUAUUUUCAUUAUUGAUUAUUUUUGGAUUAAUUGUUUAGUGUGUAAAAUGUCAAAUCAUUUAAAAAAAAAAAAAAACGGUUGUUGCUCUAAUCUUCAAAUUAAUUGUUGACAUCUUCAAAUCAACCGACCAAAAUCAAAAGACAUUCAGUUUAUAAUGAUGUAAAAAAAGGUGAAAAGUAGCAAAUCCUCACGCUUGAGAAGCUGCAAAAAGAAAAUCAUGACAUUUUUGUUUGAUAAAAAACAUUACUUUUCUGUCGAUCGACUAAUGGCGUCCGCUCUAUAAUAGAAGUAGACUUGUAGAAUGUAGAGAACGUAUUGUCUGUCAGAUGCCGUUCACUGAGUCGACCUCUCUGAACUAAGAUGAAAAGAAGCCACUUGGUGGCAGUGUAUCCUGUUCUGUGUCGGUGAAAGAAGGGAAGCUGGUGGCUUGUUGACCUUCAUGCAGCACUCUGCUUAUAUUCAUCUAAUCCGAACAAGUCUGUAUCUUUACAACUUAAAUAUGAGGAUUGAUUUUCAUGUCAGUGGUUGAUGAUUAUUAAAGUAGCACCUCAUUGUAGCAUAGAAAUUAUUUUCCUAUAUUUGCGGCCACUAUUUUCACACUUUUUUAUGUCUUAAAGUUUUUUCACUCCAGAGAUACAUAAAAGUCACAUGAAAGAUGGCAUUUCAUUUGUGAUUUUAGACGUGUUUUUCAUGAAGUCGUUUUUACGAAUGCUUUCAGAUUCUGCCACAUAGUCACAUGCUUUAUACACUUGUUAAGAGCGUGUGAUCAGUCGUGCUGUAGAAAUUAUUUAAGUGCCCAUCACAAGUUUGUGUCUUACCUCAUAUUUAUGAUGGCAGUAUAACUAUUUAUUAUUUUUAUGCCUUUAUAUGUUAUCUGUUUCUAAAGCUGUAUGAAUGUUGGCUUUUUUUAUUGUUCAUGAAAAGAAUAAAAUAAAUGCCUCUUAGAAGAUUGUUAUCAAAUCGAAA